AUGUCUUCAUCUAUCUCUUCUUCACGACCCACUCAAGUCGCUCGCUUGUGUGCGCGCUGCACAGUCGCUCGUGCCCUCAUUCUCCGUCCUAAAACCCACGAGCGUCUCUGCAAAUCAUGUUUCCUGGCUGUUUUUGAAGAAGAAAUACACUCAACUAUCACCGCCACCUCUCUUUUUCGCCGCGGUGACCGUGUGGCCAUUGGCGCCUCUGGUGGCAAAGAUUCGACCGUCCUAGCUUCCGUCCUUAAAACCCUCAACGAACGUUACGACUAUGGAGUCACUUUUGUAUUGCUUUCAAUCGAUGAGGGGAUCAAAGGCUAUCGAGAUGACUCUCUCGAAACAGUAAAGCGCAACGCAGUGCAGUAUGAAAUGGAACUUUGCAUAGUAUCUUAUGCCGAGCUGUACGGGUGGAGUAUGGAUCAAGUUGUCGCGCAGAUUGGAAAGAAGGGAAACUGUACGUACUGUGGUGUUUUUCGGAGACAGGCCUUAGAUCGGGGGGCAGAAAAACUAGGAAUCACACAUGUGGUCACUGGUCAUAAUGCGGACGACAUUGCCGAGACAGUAUUGAUGAACCUCCUUAGAGGAGAUCUUCCCCGCUUACAUAGAUGCACAUCGAUCGUAACAGAAUCCUCUUCCUCGCCGAUAGCUCGGAGUAAACCCUUAAAAUAUGCGUAUGAAAAGGAAAUUGUUCUAUACGCUCACCAUAAACAGCUUGACUACUUCACAACUGAAUGCAUAUAUUCUCCCGAGGCAUUCAGAGGUAGCGCACGCUCUUUAAUCAAGUCCUUGGAACGUGUACGGCCCUCGGCCAUCCUCGAUAUUGUCCGUUCUGGUGAGGCCUUCGCUGGCAUGGUGCCGGAGUCAAUUCAAAGGAGCGGAUAUGGCAGUAGUGCGGAUAUUUCUGGGGAGACUGAUAGUGGAGGGGGUUGCGGAAACGGAGGCGGGGGGCGUGCUUCCGGUGGUGAGAUGUUAGAUAUGGAGAACGAAUUGAUCGCAACAGCAAAGACAAAGAGGCUCGAAACUAAGAUUACUUUACCUACUAAGCAAAAAAACAAAGGGAAGCAGCAGACACCGAAAAAGGUUCGAGAUCAGAAGAUGUCAAACUGCAAGAAAUGUGGGUAUUUAACAUCUUCGGAUCUUUGUCAAGCGUGCGCACUUCUGGGAGGAUUAAACAAAAAUAGGCCUAUAAGGCCUAUAGAAGUUGAAGUUGCAGAUUCUUGA